CACGUUGCUUGGUUUUUGUAAAAUCGAUAUUCUCGUCUGGAGUUUUGUUCGGAACGGAGCGAUACUGUCGUUAUUUUGGUAUCGCUAGCGGUUUCAUGGUAAGGGGGCGGUCGAUUGUGGAAUGGGUGUUUUGUGUUACAGAAGCAGCCAUUUCGUCGGGAAAGAUAUCCGAAGUGAGCGUAUUUAGGGCGUUUUGAUUCGAUUUAGACUGUUUUUUCGGUGUUACGACAAGUUCUGAGCCGGAAAUCAAAAAUGAUGCAACAACAAUUGUAUCAACAGGAACAGCCCGGAACACAAGAUACAGCAGGACAUCAGAUGGUACUGUGUCCUGUACGGGUGGUUUAUGAGACUCCGAUGUUAGUUCAACAAGGAGAACAAAUGCAACAAAAUCAAACCAUAUUCAUCAACCCUCAAAAUCCACCACCAUGGAUACAAAACAGAGCAGUACAGAAUCAAGUAAUAUACGUCCAACAGAUGCCAACAAACUACGUACUACCGACACAACAACACAUCGAUCCAAAUCAACUAUAUAUACAAAACUAUAGUUACCAAAACAUGCCACAAAUGUUGAUUCAAAAUCCGCAGGAACAAAUUCGGCCAAUGCAGAUGACACCGUCACACGUAAGCCAAGGAACACAGCCCGCUAUUGGUCAAAAUGUACAAACUCAAAGAUUGGUACCAAAUAUAACUGCAAUGUCUAAUACCCUCAAUUUAGUAAAUACAGCACAGAAUCAAAAUAACCUUAUAAAUAGACAAAUUGUACAUAAUCAAAUGACGAAUAUAAAUGAAAUCGUCAGUAACGUUAAACAAGAAAAUUUAGGACAAAACAUUUACAGACAAGUCCCCCAAACUCUGCCACAGGACCCAAGGAAUCAGAUGCAACAGACUGUUACCAUAGUUCCGAAUAAUAUACAAAGACCGACGAAUAUGUAUGAGCAAAACAUUAGCCAAAUGCAGCAAAUACCACAACAAAACGCCACAAACAUUCAAAAUUAUCAAAACGCCAUGAUGAAUGUACAAGAAUCAAGAAAAUUGCCGGCUACAAUUAAUAAAAAUGUUAAUUGUAAUGUUGUCCAUCCUAAUAUAUCUGUAAAGGGACCACAAUCAUUUAGACCAAUACAACCAAGAACUAAUCAAAUAAGAAACAGCGGACCACAAUUUAUCUCAGCUCAACCUACUACUAGUUUAAUUCAAUCGGCUAUGCCAAGUAUGGUAAACAAAAAUGUUCCUCGUAAAGUAACGUCCAAUAGCGCUAGUCAAAUGACAAAUACCAUUGCUAUAUCAAACAAUGGAAAAAUUGAAGGAAAUAGUAUAGUAUUCAACAGAAAAAGAAAAAGCGAAUCACCCGAUGAAAUACAUAAAAAGAUAUCGAUUAGUAAUAAUCCUGAGAAUCCAAUUAUCAUUAAGAAGAUUGAAAACGUUACAAAUCCUGUAAUUUGUUCAGAUAUCGGUGUAAAUACGAGUCCAAUACACAAACCAGACGGUAGGAUAACUAUAAACAAUUUACAAAUAACACCACUAAAUCCGGUAAACACUCAAAACGCAAAAAUAAAAGAGGAACUAGCCAAAAAACCCAUUAGUUAUCCAAAAGAACCACAGAAUGUCAUUAGAAAUAGUAUAGUCCCGAGUUCAGUUCCUAUUAGUGUACCAUCUGAAAAGGAUAAAUUGAUAAGAAACACUGUUUACACUCAAGCUCGAGGUAGAGUUCUGAAUGACAAACAAACAGUUGCUGAAACUAGCAAACCAGAAAUACCACCAAUCAACAUAAUUUCAAACUGUCCUGUUCCAACAUUAUCAACUGAAGUAUGUCAAAAGCAACAAACAAAUACUAACGAGACUAGUGAAGAAAAACAUAAAUCUGACGAACCUAAUAACACAAUUAAUGCUGCUAUUAGUCCUAUUGUAGUCGAAAAGAAGUCCCUAAAUACCGAAGAGAGUGUAGUUCCGAAUGUGAACUCUAAUGAAAAGUUAACGGACGAUGUUAAAUUAAAAGAAGAUAGAGAUUUUAUACUGACACACGUAUUAGACGGUUAUGUGAUUCAAGAGUCAAAUAUAGCAUUUCCUAUAAGAAAACCAUUAAAAGAGAAGCCAUUACCAAACAAUUCAGAUGAGACUGAACCGAAAGACUUGAAGGAGGUGAAAACCGAUGGAGGGGUUAAGAAUAAUAGCAAAAUUUUAAACAUAUCAUACUUACAGAUAAAAGAUAUAGAAUCUAUUCAGAACGAUAGUGUGGAGGACAAGGAAAAUCCAUUCCAUACACUACAACCAAGCGUCGUUAAGACAUGGACGGCCGAAGAACUAGAAACUCAUUUGAGAAAGUAUGGAUGGAACGAAACAGUAUCGGUGUUGCAAGAACACGAAAUCGAUGGAGAGUCAUUACUACUAGUAUCGAAAGGGCAACUCUUAACAAUAGGUGUCAAAGAUGAACACGCGGAAAUUAUUAGCCAUUUCGUUAAGAGUUAAUGUUAUUUGUCUUUACUCAUGUAGUAAAUGUAUAUUCCAAUGGCAAGAGGUGGACGGAUAUAUA